AUGGGUUUGCCUUGGUAUCGUGUUCAUACUGUCGUAUUGAAUGAUCCCGGUCGCUUGCUUUCUGUUCAUAUAAUGCAUACAGCUCUGGUUGCUGGUUGGGCCGGUUCAAUGGCUCUAUAUGAAUUAGCCGUUUUUGAUCCUUCCGAUCCCGUUCUUGAUCCAAUGUGGAGACAAGGUAUGUUUGUUAUACCAUUCAUGACUCGUUUAGGAAUAACCAAUUCAUGGGGCGGUUGGAGUAUUACAGGGGGGACUAUAACAAAUCCGGGUAUUUGGAGUUACGAAGGUGUGGCCGGAGCCCAUAUUGUGUUUUCUGGCUUGUGCUUCUUGGCAGCUAUCUGGCAUUGGGUAUAUUGGGAUCUAGAAAUUUUUUGUGAUGAGCGCACAGGAAAACCUUCUUUGGAUUUGCCCAAGAUUUUUGGAAUUCAUUUAUUUCUCUCAGGAGUGGCUUGCUUUGGCUUUGGCGCAUUUCAUGUAACAGGAUUGUAUGGUCCUGGAAUAUGGGUGUCCGAUCCUUAUGGACUAACUGGAAAGGUACAACCUGUAAAUCCAGCGUGGGGCGUGGAAGGUUUUGAUCCUUUUGUUCCGGGAGGAAUAGCCUCUCAUCAUAUUGCAGCAGGGACAUUGGGCAUAUUAGCGGGCUUAUUCCAUCUUAGUGUCCGUCCGCCCCAACGUUUAUACAAAGGAUUACGUAUGGGAAAUAUUGAAACCGUCCUUUCCAGUAGUAUAGCUGCUGUCUUUUUUGCAGCUUUUGUUGUUGCUGGAACUAUGUGGUAUGGUUCAGCGACUACCCCCAUCGAAUUAUUUGGUCCUACUCGUUAUCAAUGGGAUCAAGGAUACUUCCAGCAAGAAAUAUAUCGAAGGGUUAGUGCUGGGUUAGCCGAAAAUCAAAGUUUAUCAGAAGCUUGGUCUAAAAUUCCUGAAAAAUUAGCUUUUUAUGAUUACAUUGGCAAUAAUCCGGCAAAGGGAGGAUUAUUCCGAGCGGGUUCAAUGGACAACGGGGAUGGAAUAGCCGUUGGGUGGUUAGGACACCCUAUCUUUAGAGAUAAAGAAGGGCGUGAACUUUUUGUACGUCGUAUGCCUACUUUUUUUGAAACAUUUCCGGUUGUUUUGGUAGACGGAGACGGAAUUGUUAGAGCUGAUGUCCCUUUUAGAAGGGCAGAAUCAAAGUAUAGUGUCGAACAAGUAGGUGUAACUGUUGAGUUCUAUGGUGGCGAACUCAAUGGAGUGAGUUAUAGUGAUCCUGCUACUGUGAAAAAAUAUGCUAGACGUGCUCAAUUGGGUGAAAUUUUUGAAUUAGAUCGUGCUACUUUGAAAUCCGAUGGUGUUUUUCGUAGCAGUCCAAGGGGUUGGUUUACUUUUGGGCAUGCUUCGUUUGCUUUGCUUUUCUUCUUCGGACACAUUUGGCAUGGUGCUAGAACCCUGUUCAGAGAUGUUUUUGCCGGUAUUGAUCCAGAUUUGGAUGCUCAAGUGGAAUUUGGAGCAUUCCAAAAAAUUGGAGAUCCAACUACAAGAAGACAAGUAGUCUGA